CCCUGUGUUCACAUGACCUUUUCCUCUUGCAGCCAUGGCGUGCGGCAGUGUGUACGCAGCGGAGACCCAGCUUGGCCGUGACCUUUCCGCUCUCGAAUUGACCCGGCCUGACCUCGCAACGGAGAGGUCGCGCCAGACGAGAGAUAACCCGUCGAUUAGUAGAAGCACUUCGUAUAUGAGCAGCGGAUCCGUCCACGAGGCGAUCAGAUUUCUUCAAGCGGAGCACGAGACGGUGUUGAGUGGCCUUCACCAGCAGAUCCAACUCCUUCAGCAGCGGUGUGAUGACCUGCAGUUCGAGGCGCACCUGCGCCACGUGACGCAGACCGGCGAGGACGCCCUGCGCAAACAGGUGUCCGAGCUGAAGAAGGUGCUGGAUGAGCGGACGGGCCGCGUCUCGCAGCUGGAGGGGCAGCUGGCGGAGCAGCAGAAGCUCCUGGCUGACGAGCAGGAGCAGCACCGGUGGCGCGAGGUGCAGCUGAAACAGCAGGUGGAGGCUGGCGAGCAGCGGGUGGCUGAGCUGCGCGGCGAGGUGGCCAAGCUGCGGGCACAGGUUCGGGAUCUGCGCGUGUACAGCUCCGCCCUGCGCACGGUGGGCGGCCGCGGCCCGUCCACCGCCCGCACCUCCUCCAGGACCAGCGCCAGCGCACGCCCGCUCUCCCGGAGCUCGCGGGCGUCCGUGGGCUCGCUGGACUCGCUCGAGUCGUCGGGGCCGCGCAGCCUGGGCUCGGAGGACGGCGAGGCAGGCUCGUGGCGCGGCGCGCGGCUCGGUGGCGGCGCCGGCCACGUCUCCGCCAGGCACGCGCGCCCCGAGAAGGCGCCGCUCAGCCCUGGCGCGCGCAACACCUUCUCGCUGCCGCCUACGCUGCCGGUCACGCCGCCCUCGCUGCCGCCCCUCGCCUCCCUGCCGUCGCAGCGCCCGUCCUCCUCGAACAUCGUCCUGCCGCCCAUCUCUGCCAGCCAGGGGGUGUCCCGCCCGCACGUCCGGCGGCAGCUGCGCCUGGCCUCCGCGCCCAUCCUCGACAUCGAGCGCAGCGACCCCCCUCCGCAGCGCGACCCCGCAUGACCCCUCAUGGCCUCGGCUCCACCGCAGAGAGUGCCCCUCCGCAGUGCUCCCCCGCACGCUGCCGGGGUCGGCGUUGCCGCAUCCUCCAGGAGGGCGUCAGGGGCGUGGGGCAGCCGAGCGGCUUCCAGCUCCUCCAGGGACCAGAAACCAUAGAGAGCGGCGCAAUGGAGCUCCUGCGGCAGGUCACCGGGACUGACGUUUACGUCCUCCGGAUUUCACAAAGGUCAUGCUGGGAGAUUUGAGGGACUUUGGUGGCCUGCUUUGCACGAGACUCGAGUGCAGCCGAAACUUGUUCAGUCGUGAGUGUAUGGCAUUUGCUGCAGAGAUAUGCAAUGAAACAUAAUGGAAAAAAAAGUGAUCAAUAUAAAAUACAGUUACGAAACAUCUAAUAGUAAACCUGCAUGAAGGAUGACUGAGAUUUAGCGUUCUUUUGAUAUAGUGACUCAACACGGUGUAUAUAUGAAUUGACCUUGACUGACCUGUGAUACGGUUGCGAUUCGGAAAGACAACGAAGGGAUCGUGAUGAUAAUGACAUAACCAGAGAGAGAAAAUGAAUAUUGGGAGAGCUCGUUCCAUUUUGUUCUGCUUAUGGUAUACAUAUCAAGUAAUUUUAAACACUCCUUGUAUCUGUUGGAAAAGGAGUGAGAUUACUGAGUUUUCUGUUUUGAUUAUUUUCACAAUAAAGAUCUUUUUAGUACUGCACUU